AUGGAUAAAGUCCCGGACUCGACGCCUAACGGCACUUCGCCGCGCACAUUCGCCCUGAAUCAUUCGCGGCCUCGUUCUAGCUUCAAGGGCUGCUCGCGGAUCUCCGAUUAUGAACUCCAGGGCAAGCUGGGAGAGGGAACCUUUGGUGAGGUUCACCGAGCCCGAUCGCGCAAGACGGGCGCUCUCGUCGCUCUGAAGAAGAUCAUCAUGCAUCACGAGAAGGAUGGCUUUCCCAUCACCGCCCUUCGCGAAAUCAAACUCCUCAAGCUUUUAUCGCACAAGAACAUUCUAAAGCUCGAAGAUAUGGCCAUCGAGCACCCCACAAGACAGACCGACAAGCGCAAAAAGCCCAUCGUCUACAUGGCUACGCCUUACAUGGAUCACGAUCUUUCCGGUCUUCUCGAUAACCCAUCCGUCCACUUCAAAGAACCCCAGAUCAAGUGCUACAUGCUACAGCUCCUCGAGGGCCUUCGAUACCUCCACGACAACAAUAUCCUUCACCGAGAUAUGAAGGCCGCCAACCUGCUCAUCAGCAACCAAGGAAUCCUCCAGAUUGCCGAUUUCGGUUUGGCUCGGCACUACGACGGACCUGUGCCUGAAGCUGGACGACCCAUGGGUGAGGGGCGACGGGACUACACUGGUCUGGUGGUCACAAGAUGGUACCGCCCACCUGAGCUUUUGCUUCAGCUGCGGCAAUACACCCCCGCUAUUGACGUUUGGGGAGUAGGCUGCGUGUUUGGCGAGAUGCUGGUGGGGAAGCCCAUCUUGGCUGGCGACAGCGACGCCCAUCAGCUUGAGAUGAUCUGGGACCUGAUGGGAUCUCCCACCGAAGAGACGAUGCCCAGGUGGAAAUCGCUUCCAGGUGGAGAGCACCUAUCGCCUCGACCCCGAACAGGGAACCUUCAGAACCGAUUCAGAGACUUCGGAUCAGGGCCUGUUUCACUCCUCAGAGAGCUUUUGAAGCUGGAUUGGCGGACGCGAAUCAACGCCGUUGAUGCUCUGCAGCACCCCUACUUCAAGAUGCAACCCCUUCCGUUGGAACCCCAUGAGAUUCCGACAUAUGAAGAAAGCCACGAGCUGGACCGUAGAAAGUUCCAUGAUCGCAAGGCCGCUCUCCCUCCUGCCCCUAAGGGAGGCACGGUGGGUUUGGGACCCGAUGCCAAUGGUGCUACAGCAGGCUUCAAUAGCAACGAACCCUAUGGAAACGGUCGCAACGAUGAUCCCGGUCGACGGAGAGAUGACCGGCCACCUAGGGAUGAUCGGCCACCUCGAGAUGAUCGACCUCCUCGGGAUGACCGACUACCCCGGGACGACCGACCACGGGAUGAGCGACGACGAAGGGACAGCAGAGAUGAUCGCCGCUAUGACAGAGAUCGUGGCACGAUGAGCCGCAGCCGAUCACCAAGACACGACCGAUCGCGGGAUCGAGAGAGGUCAGACCGCGACGUGUACCGGAGAUAGGAUAACCGGCAAGCGACGACGAAAGAGGUCAAAGAACGACGGUAUUGGUAGGCGUUAAAGAGGGAAGGUCUGUCAAGUUUCUGGUCAACUAUCCAAGGGAACAGAGCACGCACACGGCGCAACGGAUUAAUGUGAUGCAACAAUAUCAACAAGUAAGGAAGGGAUAAUGAUCUGUGAAGGACCGAGUUUGUAGCAUUAUUGCAUGACGCAGCGCAUCUACGAUAUGCGACGCGUCCUAGUGAGGCAGUUAUCUAGCCUGUGUGCCUCAGAUCAUAGUGUGUAAACUAUAGAAUCAUACCUGGUAUUGGUAGUAUCUG